GUCACGUGAUCACGAGGAGUCCCGGACAGGAGAAAUGUCCGUGCAUCUGUUCAGCGGCGACUCAGCUCGAGCGCUUCAAACACUCACCCAGGCACAGUGCAGCUGCUCUUCAGUCAGAUGUAAACGUGACACGGUCUCCUGCAGUGCGCGGUGUCAGUGAAAGCGAAAGCGCUGUGUCAGCAGAGAACGCACGCGUCGCGUCUUGCCGCAGGUUGCGGGCAAAGUGAAGUUUUGAUGGACCGCAUGAAGAUAAUGAAAAAGCGCCUGUCCAUGAGCUUGCAAAGUGUACGGCGUGUGGACGAGAGUCUCUCAGAGCUUCCUGAACAUACCGGACUGGAUGAGCUUCCCUUGUCACGAGACAGUGGUGUAGUUCAUCAUAAAAUGUGGUCAGAUGGGGAAAGUGAUCAAGCUUCAGGAACCUCUUCUGAUGAAGUUCAGAGUCCUGUUAGAGUGCGUAUGCGCAACCUUCAGCAGCGCAUCUCUAAUGAGGAUAUCAAUAAACGUCUCUCGCUGCCAGCAGAUAUUCGUUUGCCAGAAGGUUACCUGAAGAAGUUUGCAAAAAACAGCCCCCCAUUUGACAAACCUCUAAGUCGAAGAUUUCGCAGAACAUCACUUUCAGAAAUCGGAUUUGGCAAAUUAGAGACGUAUGUCAAACUGGACAAAGUGGGAGAGGGCACAUAUGCAACAGUGUUUAAGGGUCGUAGUAAACUAACGGAUAAUCUAGUGGCUCUGAAAGAAAUCAGGCUGGAGUAUGAAGAAGGCGCACCUUGCACCGCCAUACGAGAAGUGUCUCUUCUGAAGAACUUGAAACAUGCCAACAUUGUCACCCUCCACGACAUCAUUCACACAGAGAAGUGCCUUACACUAGUCUUCGAGUACUUGGAGAGGGACCUCAAACAGUAUUUGGAUGACUGUGGGAGCAUAAUGAGCGUUUACAAUGUAAAGAUUUUCCUGUUUCAGCUAUUGCGAGGUCUAGCUUAUUGCCAUCGGCAGAAAGUUUUGCACAGAGACCUAAAACCUCAGAACCUUCUCAUCAGUGACAGGGGAGAGCUCAAACUUGCUGACUUUGGUCUUGCGCGUGCAAAGUCAGUGCCCACAAAGACAUUCUCGAAUGAAGUGGUCACUCUCUGGUACAGACCUCCUGAUGUGCUGCUGGGGUCAACAGAUUACUCCACCUCUCUUGACAUCUGGGGUGUAGGUUGUAUAUUCUACGAAAUGAUCACAGGACGUCCCCUUUUCCCUGGCUCGACAGUGAAGGAUGAACUUCAUCUUAUAUUUCGUAUACUGGGAUCACCAAUGACGGUCAUGAUCUACUAUGCCAGUUAUUACAGGUAA